UUUGUCUGCAUUUAUCGGUUCUGACAACCUUCACAAGCACAGUAACUUGUUUUACGAAGAAUAGCCGUGGUACAAACCGUGAUCUGUUCCGACCUCUUCUACACCAGCAACCAGACUGUUCAGGUCCAAAUCAAGAUUUAACACAAACAACUGGAAAUAUAGGCAUCUCUGCCAAGAAAAGGAAAAAAAAGUUUUCUUAAAGUGCCUAUAAAAGCUGUGCAUGGGCUAUUGUCUGCUGGACACAGAAACAGUUGGAUGAGUGGAACUGCUCUAUUUCAAAGGUUCUUUUAAAGGUUUCCUUUUCCUCUAACAGUAUCAGUAUCAGCAGCAGAAGGAAGAAGUCCAGACUGUGGAGCUCUGUUCUCAAGAUGAUCCCUCACAUGGCACUUUGUAAGUUCUUUCCUCUGGUUCUAGUGGGGGUGGUGGUGUUUGCUGUGAGUGGGAUCUUUGGGGACCCUCUGUUUGAGUGCCUCCAGGACACCGACUACAGUGAGCUCCUGGACAUGGUGGAUAAAGGUCUUCCUGCCACUAAGGCACCUCGUCACGUAGCAAUCAUCGGCGGGGGCAUCGCUGGACUGACUGCUGCAAAGUUUUUAGAAGAUGCUGGACAUAAGGUGACCAUAAUAGAAGCCAGUAACCGUAUUGGAGGACGCGUGGAGACCUUCAGGAAUGAUAGAGAAGGCUGGUAUGCAGAAGUGGGCGCCAUGAGGAUCCCCAGCUUUCAUAAAAUUCUGCUGUCCUUUGUCUCAAAAUUAAAAAUUCCCCUGAGACAGUUCAUCCAAGAUGACAUCAACACCUAUUAUUUUGUAAACGGAGUGCUACAGAAAACAUAUACUGUGGAAAACAACCCCGCUGUGCUCAACUACAGCUUGAAUGACAGAGAGAAGGGGAAGUCGGCUGCUCAACUAUUCAGUCAGACACUCUGGAAGGUAAAGGAUGACCUCAAGGCAGUCGGCUGCCGAGCCAUGUUGGAUAAAUAUGAUUCCUACACAGUGAAGGAAUAUCUGGUGAAGGAGGGCAACCUGAGUCGUGGGGCCUUGAGGAUGAUCGGGGACAUCCUGAAUGAAAACAGCCUCUUCUACACAUCACUGAUAGAAAUGCUGUACAUACAGUCAGACAUCAACGACAACACUGAGUAUUUCGAAGUGACAGAUGGCUUUGACCACCUGCCGAGGGCUUUCUAUCAGCUGUUGAACGCCACGAUCCUCCUCAACUCCAAGGUCAAGCUGAUAAACCAAACAGGCGGAAGAGGUGUGACAGUAACAUACCAGGACUGGCGUAAUUCAGGCUCCCUGGCCAACCUAACAGUGGACUACGCCCUGGUUACGGCCACAGCCAAGGCCACGGUCUUCAUUGACUUCCAGCCGCCUCUCUCUGGGGAAAAGAUGGAGGCCCUGCGCUCAGUUCAUUACGCCAGCUCCACCAAGGUGGUGCUCAGCUUCAGAGAGCGCUUCUGGGAGAAAGAGGGCAUCAGAGGAGGGAAGAGCAUCACAGACCGGCCCGCUCGCUUCAUCUACUACCCCAGUCACAGCUUCCCUGGAACGGCUGCAGGAGCCCUGCUGGCGUCUUACACCUGCUCUGAUGAUUCCACGCUCUUCCAAGGGAUGAGUGAGGAGGAGCUGAUGGCUGUGGUGCUGGAGGACUUGGUGAAGAUCCACGGAGAGGACAUCAGGCCUCUGUGUACAGGGGGGCUGGUGAAGAAGUGGGGCUUGGAUCCUUACAGUCUGGGAGCCUUCGCCCUGUUCACACCCUACCAGCAGGGACACUACGCCAGAGAACUGUUCCAGAGCGAGGGACGGGUGCACUUUGCAGGAGAACACACGGCCAUGCCGCAUGGCUGGAUUGAAACUGCCAUGAAGUCUGCCCUCCGGGCAGCUCAGAAUAUCAACAGCCUUACAGUUUAGUUUAAUGUGUAGAAAAUGUUUUGUUUACAUAUCUUUCUUUAUGGUUGUUUGACAUAUUGGUUAUAUCUUGUGAAUACUGGUGUAUCAAUGUUAACCCACUGAUAUGCCAUAAAAAAAACUUGUGUGUUAUAUACAUAUUUAUUGGUGUAGGUAUGUUUUUAGAGUUGUCUUUUUAUCAGCAGCACAAAGCUUAUAACUGGCAACUUAUUAAAUGACAUUUUGAUCAGACUCCAAAGAUCAACAUACGAAUAUUAAUUCUAUUAUCAGAAUCAGAAUCACAGAAACGAAAUUAGCCAUCAACCCGUCCAAACGUAUACUUAAAACACACAUACAAUAUGACAGAGGUGGACAGGACAGGGAGACAUGGUUGUGAAUUGCAGGGCAUUAAUAUCAAAUGGUGUAUUUCAGAGGAUAUUCCAUGAUUUUAACACUGAAUUACAGCUGAACGUUAACUGAUAACUAUUUUCAGUACUAAUGAUUACUUUGCUGACAUUUUCUAGACCAAACAGGUAUUUCUUUGAUUGACAAAUAGUGAAAAAUGCCCAUCAUGGUUCAGUCCAAGUUGGUGUAUGCAAAUUGCUCAAUUUGUCCGAAAAACAAUCCCAACACCCAAACACUUGCCAUACUAACAUUUACGAAAAAAAGCAGGGAAUCCUCAUAUUUGAGAAGCUGGAACCAAGCAACAAAAUAGUCGCUUCUAUUUUGAUGAACCUUGAAUGAUGGACCUUCAUGUGACAUUUCUGUAUCUAUAUUUCACUUCAGUUACUUUAUAUUUCAGUUACUUCAUUUGACUUUUAGUUUGACCAAAACAAAGAUAAUUGAAUUGAGUACUUUCUUAAAAUUUUCAGUCAUCUGGGUCUAAAAGCUUUUAUUUAAAGAGAAAAUAUUUUAAAUAUCACCUUCCACUUUGUGCUGCUUUGUUUCCUUGCCACUGUAUUGUUAACCCUGCACGACAAGGCCUUCUUCGAUAACCCUUUCUAACAAAGGUACAACACAUAUAUUUUGUAAUACUUAGUUAUUUAAUGCAUGCAUUAAAUAAAAGAAAUUGAGAAACUUUUUGGAGCAGAACCUUGUGUUUUCUUCUUCCAUCUCACACUCCCUCGUAGAAAAAACUACCUCCAUCUUAACCAGCUACAUCAGUAACAUGUUACGUACUGAUGCAUUU